AUGAUUCUCUUUAAACUUCUCCCAUUACUAGGAUUCCUUUUUGCUGAGACUAUAGAAAUUCGCUCUCCACGUAGAACAGAUUAUGGCGAUUGGCAAGGCUGGAAAAAUUGCCCGGAUGGAACAUAUGCGUACGCGGUCAAGCACAAAGUUGAAGGAGACCAGAGAGGAGGAGACGACACCGGAUUGAAUGCUGUAGCGCUGUUUUGCAAUCCUCUACAUUGGAGUACUUACAACACGAACCGCGAAAUACUGAGUGGAGAAGGGGGUUGGGGAGGUUGGAAGGGUGUCAAAUAUUGUCCAGAAGGCUUAGUAAUGAUUGGUUUCGCACUUCGCUCGGAAGCUGAUCAACGCGGAAAAGAUGAUGUAGCAGCUGACAAUUUUUGUGGAUACUGUGGAACACCCGAUGGGCCGAGAGAUCAAAGCAAUUGGAUUUCGGGUGAUACGCCCGGAUGGGGUGAUUGGACCCAGGAUCAAUUUUGCCCCCAAGGAUUCGCUGUUUGCGGUAUCAACACUCAAAUUGAAGGCGACCAGGGCGGUGGUGACGAUACAGCAUUGAACAAUGUGGACCUCCGAUGCUGUCGAGUUCCACCUGUCAGUCUUUCUUGUACCCCUAGCUACACACUGGAGCGGCUGACUGAGUACGACAAUCGACUUGGGGCCGGAACUAUUCAGAUCGAAUACCAGAAGAAAAUCUCGUUCAGCAGAACUACCGGAAGCACUAAGACGGUCGGUCGCGAGGAGAAAGAGGCAGUUUUAUCAAAAGUGACUACCGGAGUAGAACUCUCAGCCGAAGGGAUGUACAAGGGCGUAACACUAACCGGAAAAACAUCAGUCAACUAUGAGCACAGAAAUAGUCGUGAAACGAUUUCAAGUCAUCAAAUUCAAACAAUGGUCCAGGAAGUGAUGUCGAAUGAAAAAACUGUGAGUGAUGUAAGUCGUCUUGAAAUAAUAUUCCAUUUUAAGAUCACCGAAACAUACAACGUUCCCGCCCACAAAGGAGUAGUUAUUGAACAACUAUUUAUGACAUGUGGUAACAUCAAAGUGGGAUUGCCAAAAAUUGUCACCAGAAGCAGUUAA